AUGUCAAAUCCUAGUCCAGGACGUGAGAUCAGUUUCGUUGACGAUGACAUUGAUGAUGAGCAAUACCACACCGCUCCCGGUGAGGUAGAUGAUGAACUUGACCCAGAUUAUGAACAUGACGACGAACCCGAAGAGGAGGAUGAAGAGAACGACCAUGGCGAGGAGAACGAGGAGGAGGAGGAAGAUGACGACGAUGAUGACUCGGACGGCCAGGAAGGCAACUUCUUCAUUGAUAUCGGAGGUCGCAUGCUAGCUCUGACCCUUCCCCAGCUGCACGCUCUUAUCAGCCGAGAGGAUCCUAGCAUUUUCAGACCACCCGGUAGGACGAGGCCAAGAACCCCUCCCGACCCUGAGAGGUUUCCCAAAGUUCCAAGCGAAAAGGGUACAGAGCUGAUGGACUCUGGACUAUUCGGCGUCACCCCGGCCGCUGUGUCAUCGUCGACGAAAUACUCUUCUCCGCAAGCCGAAGUAGCUCUCAGGCUUUUGGACCGCGAACUUGGACUCAGAGACCCGAUAGACCAAAGGAUGGACCAACGUAUACUGGCCCAGACUAUGAUACCAUCGGAUCCAGCAGACAUGCUGAUCCGGUUUCCACAGUCGGUAUACUCUGGUCAAUUUUCCGAUGACGGCAACUUCUUUUACGCCGUCGGCAAAGACUUCAAGGUUCGCAUGUACGAUACAUCUAAUCCGUACAACUGGCGAUACUACAAGACUGCCAGAUUCCCCUUUGGUCAAUGGACGCUGUCAGACGCCUCUUUGAGCCCUGACAACCGCUGGCUAGCCAUCACCUCGCUGCUACCACACGUCUGUCUGGCUCCCACUGAUCCCAACGAUUCUGGAGACCCGUACACCCUCGACCUGUCCAACACAGGACUCACAGGCAGGGAGCAAGGCGCAUACUGGCGCGACGCCCGGCAUUUUGCCAUAUUCUCUGUGAGAUAUUCCGGUGAUAGUCGCGAGCUCGUUGCUGGCACCAACAGAAACUCGGUCAUAGUCUACGAUAUUGAGUCGAGGACGGUUCUGCAUAAUGUCGUAGGCCACAACGACGAUGUCAACGCUGUUUGCUUUGCCGACAAGUCAUCUCCGCAUAUCCUUUACUCCGGCUCGGAUGACACCACCAUCAAGGUGUGGGAUCGUCGGAGUAUGGCCGAUCGGCGAGCCGCGGGGGCUUUCGUUGGCCACAUUGAGGGCCUAACCUAUAUCGACAGCAAGAACGACGGACGCUACCUUUUGUCCAACGGCAAGGACCAUAGUAUGAAACUCUGGGAUUUGCGCAUGGCCAUGAGUGAACCCGACUUUAGCAGCAAAGACCCUACAAGGUGCACCCGCAAUCGCACCACUGACUACCGGUGGACGGAACUUCGAGACGACGACUGGUUCCCUCAUCCGCAUGACAACUCGGUUGUGACUUUCCGUGGCCACCGUGUCACCCGGACCCUGAUUCGUUGCCACUUUAGCCCCCCAGGUAGCACCAACUCGCGCUACGUGUAUUCCGGCAGCUUCGACGGCAAGGUUUACAUCUGGAAUCUCGAUGCAACCCUGGCAGGAACCAUUGAUGUUGGCGCCGAGAGCCAGCGCAUCCUCGGCCGAGCGAAUGCUCGACCUAGCCCGCCGUAUAGGCACCUGCGUGAUCACGGCUAUACGGCAGCUUGCAUCAGAGAGGCACACUGGCACCCCAAGGCGCCCAUGAUAGUCGCGUCGGCUUGGGGUGGUGACAACACGGACAGCGGCUUUUGCAGCGUACAUUCGUUUAACGAUGGUCUCGAGGAUGAGGGUAUUGAAAUGGGUAGGCUACUCAACGAAAGGCUGGAGCCGUCGCAACGGGCAGAGUACGACACUGAGAGUGAAGAAGAAGAUGAUGAUAACGAUGACGACUACGAAGCCUAG